UCGGCUCUGCACAGGGUCCGACGAAGAAAAUCUCGGCGGCUACAAGGCCACCUCCCCGUCGCCACCAAGCUGGAGCUGGAAGCAGAGUUCGGUGCGGCCAGAUCCCUGGCUGCUACGCAGCGACACCACGAUGCCGCAGCCCCGGAGCCUGAGCCGAAGGCGGUGGUGCCCAGGCCGAGCGCCCGGACAGGGAGCGCGCUGCGCUGGUUCACCACGGUGAUCGUGUAUGCCGCCUUCCUGGGGCUGGGAAUGAGCGUUGGUAUACUGGGACCCACGUUUCAAGAUUUGGCAACAAAUGUAAACCAAAAUCUCAGCGGUCUUUCUCUAAUUUUUGUGGGCCGAGCCUGCGGAGUCUUGUGUGGCUCUAUGAUCGGUGGUGUUCUUUUUGAAUACAUGAAUCAUGUUUUACUUUUGGCGCUGUCAAUGUUGGCUACCACAGUUGGCCUUUACCUUUUUCCUUUCUGCAAGACGGCAACGUUACUGAUUGCCAUGAUGUCUGUCUUCGGGGCUGCAGUUGGUGUUCUGGAUACAGGUGCCAACGUCAUUAUCUUGGCUCUGUGGGGAGACCAAGGAGCCCCACACAUGCAGGCCUUACACUUCAGUUUUGCCUUGGGUGCAUUUUUGGCUCCUCUUCUGGCAAAAUUGGCCCUGGGAACAACAGUGUCAACUGAAAAUCACACAGAGCCUGAUAUUCAUCCUUCAGCCCUCAACAGAUCACUUGAAGCCAACCCAGACCUUCUGUUUGCAGUACCUGAUGACUUGAACUUACUGUGGGCUUACGCUUCUGUCGGCCUAUACAUCUUUGUGGUUUCUGUCUUUCUGUUUGCUCUGUUUUUCAAGAAAAUCUCAAGGCGUGAAAAAUCAACAGCAUCUGCUCAGAGAUAUCGAAGAGCUAAGCAUCACAAGGCCCUCCUCUGCCUCCUUUUUGUGUUCUUCUUUUUUUAUGUUGGAGCUGAGAUCACCUAUGGCUCUUACAUUUUCUCAUUUGCAACCACCCACGUUGGAAUGGAGGAAAGCCAAGCAGCUGGAGUGAAUUCCAUCUUCUGGGGGACGUUCGCAGCCUGCAGGGGCCUGGCGAUCUUCUUUGCUACGUGUUUACAGCCUGGAACCAUGAUUUUGCUGAGCAACAUCGGCAGCCUGGUCUCAUCUUUAUUCAUGGUGCUUUUUGACAAGAGCCCGCUUUGUCUCUGGAUAGCGAGUUCUGUGUAUGGGGCCUCAAUGGCCACCACCUUUCCCAGUGGUAUUUCUUGGCUGGAGCAGUACACGAGCAUAAGUGGGAAAUCUGCGGCUUUUUUUGUCAUUGGUUCUUGUCUGGGAGACAUGGCUAUUCCUGCAGUAAUUGGAAUUCUCCAAGGACUAUACCCAGAUUUGCCAGUAGUUCUGUACACAAGUUUGGGGUCAGCAAUAUUCACUGCUGUAUUAUUUCCUGUGAUGUAUAAACUAGCCACCUCGCCUCUGGAUCACCAGGAAACAGAAAGCAGAAAAAGCAAAGACCAGAGAGCUUUGCCUUCUAGUUCUAGGCUAUGAAGACGAGAAUGAAAGAAUUAAUAUAGAAGAAUAGACUAAAUAGAUUUUGUAGUGGUUAAAAUGAAUGAUACAAUGAAGCACUCUAACAGAAGGAUACUUUUGGUUUCCUUGUUUUUUGAGACAAGGUCUCACUAUAUGCUCUAGACUGUCCUCAAACAUGAAGCAAUUUUUUUGUCUCAGUAGAAAUAUUUUGAGGGAGAGAACGGCUGAAGUCUCUAAUGAAUUUCUCUCAGAUGUAUUAAUAUUUCAGAUAGUAGAAAUUGCCCUAUGAGGUAAUUUGCCAGAAGGUAGGCCAAAAAUACUUAGAGAAGAUGGAUUGGUCACUCUCUUUGAAUUCCCACCAGAAUUCAGCUGUCAGAG